CUGACAUUUAUUAUUAAAAUAAUUAUCGCUGCCCUACAAUUUUUAUUACAAAUCAAAAACGCCUAUCCUGCCGUAUUAUUUAAGAUUUCGUUGAAACUAAAAAUUAAGUUAUUAAUUAGCACAGGUAACCGAGAUUAUUAGCAGAAAUGGUGGACUACAGCAAAUGGAAAGAUAUCGAAAUCUCGGAUGACGAGGAUGAAACGCAUCCAAACAUUGACACUCCAUCACUCUUCCGGUGGCGGCAUCAAGCUCGCGUGGAACGUAUGGAAGAAAGGAAACGUGAAAAAGAAGAACACGAACAACGAAAAGCCGAGGUUAUAAGAAAGGUUGCUGAAACUAAGCAGAAAAUAGCACAAGUCGAACCAAACAGCCCCGAUUUGGAAUCGUUAAAAAAAGCACUUGCUGAAUUAGAGAAGGAAGAACAAGAGAUACAAAAGAAAGAGGAUGAAUUACGCAAGAAAGAAAAGAAAACUCCUUGGAAUGUUGACACGAUAAGUGAGCCUGGUUUCACUAAAACAAUCAUAAACACAAAGGCAUUACGACCGAGGGAGGAAAAUUUAACUGAAGAGGAAAAAGAGGCCAGAAUGAGAAAGUUUAUAAAUGAUAACGAGAAGUUGCUGAAACAGUUUGGUAUGCUGCGCAAGUAUGAUGACUCAAAACAGUUUUUGCAGCAACACAGUCAGCUGGUUUGUGAAGAGACGGCCAACUAUCUUGUCAUUUGGUGUAUAAACUUGGAAAUGGAAGAGAAACAUGACCUGAUGCAACAUGUGGCUCACCAGACUAUCUGCAUGCAGUACAUCCUGGAGCUGUCUAAACAAUUGGAUGUGGAUCCUAGAGCCUGUGUGGGAUCAUUCUUCUCCAGAAUCCAAAUAGCAGAAAAAACUUACAAAGACUCAUUUGAUGAUGAAUUAGAGCAGUUCAAAGCUAGAAUCAAGAAGAGAGCAGCAGAGAAGAUUCAAGAGGCCAUCCGCGAGCAGGAGGAAGAGGAGAGGAAGGCCAGGCUUGGACCUGGAGGGCUGGACCCUGUUGAAGUUUAUGAGGAAUUACCUGAUGAGCUGAAAAAAUGUUUUGAUGCCCAAGAUGUACCAAUGCUACAAGCGACCAUAGCGAAAAUGCCAGAACAAGAAGCUAUUUACUACAUGAAGAGAUGCGUAGACUCGGGCCUAUGGGUUCCAGGAAAGAAUGAUGAGGAACCAACGAUGAAGGAAAAUGCUACUCCCGAGCAGAAGAAAGAUUCUCCUUCAGUUAGCACUGAUGAUUUAGACUGAUCGAUUUAAUAAUGCCUUUUAUUUUGUUUAAGAUAUUUAGUUUUUGUGUUUAGGGGAAUGCCACGAGUGAUUUACUUAUUUAUUUCCAAAUUAUUGCAAAAGUCUGAAAAUCAAGAUAGAUGGUGAUAUGUGACGCCAAUGAAAAGAGAGCCAGUGCGUGCCAGACCUUUGUUAUUUUAUAAAAGCUGAAAGUUUCUCUGUGUAUUGUCUCCAGCACAGGGACACCUAAGAUGCCACUUGCAUCUUAAGAGGGGUCUCUCCGUCACUCGCUCCAUACAAACGUAGUUCGUCUCAUUGGAAUACUAAGCAAUCAUACUCAAUGGAAUUUUGUAGAAACGUUCCAGGAACUAUCUAUGCCUGUGGUUUU